GGAACAGCCGCCAUUUUGCAGUGCGAGGUCCCGGCCGGUGUAGAGAAGUCUACUCUGAGUUUCCCCUCUUCUUUCGCCGCGCCACGAGUAAAAUCUUAUCGAGGGCAUUUUCUCUCUCUUUCUCUCACUCGCACCACUCACUCCCCCCAGUGCCGUCUCAUCCCGCAGUCAUUCGGGUUGAUCUUUCAGUUUAGGCGUCUUUGAGCUUUGCGUGAAAUUUUUCUAGACUUUUUUCUUUCUCACAUUAAACUUAUAGUCCAAAAUGGCGUCUGGAGUUACUGUCACUGAUGCUUGCAAGCAAGUGUUUGAAAAGAUCAAAACCAAGAAGGAUUAUCGCUAUGUGGUAUUCUAUAUCAAGGAUGAGAAAUUCAUUGAUGUUGAAUCUACUGGAGACCGUGAGUCUAGCUACGAAUCAUUCUUAGAAAAGCUGAAGAUAGUUAAUGGAGCCGAGAAGGAAUGUCGUUAUGGCCUUUUCGAUUUUGAGUACACUCAUCAAUGCCAGGGAACUCAAGAAGGUAAAAAGGAAAAGCUCUUUUUAAUGUCAUGGUGCCCAGAUGAUGCAAAAGUGAAGAAGAAGAUGUUGUAUUCUUCGUCUUUCGAUGCUCUGAAGAAAGCUCUCGUAGGAGUGGCAAAGUACAUUCAGGCGACUGAUCAUUCAGAAGCUUCACCGGAAGCCGUUGAAGAAAAGUUGAGGUCUACUGACCGCAUGUAAAACAUCGGAUGAGUGACAGAGAUGAAACACUUUUCACAAAAUUUUUUUAAAAUAAGAAUUCCUUCCUCUUGUACGAUGAAAUUGGGAUGAUUUUGUUUUUUCGUUUUUUUUUCCUUCAAACUUGUAAUCCAGGUCAUUACGAAAAAAAAAAACAUUGAAAUUCUACUUGGAACACUCUUGAUAUUUUUUGUUGUAAUACUUCGGUUUUUGUCUUCCUCCCUAGUCUCACUUACAGCUCCGUUUUUUUUUUUUUUUUUUUUUAUUGUCUGCCUCGCUCAGUGAUUAAUUUUUUGUGAACAAACAAGCGAUAUGGGCCCUAUGAUUGCCAACUAAUAGGGUAAAUGUUUUCCAAUACGAAAAGGUGUUCUGUCCAAUUAAUCUUUCCCUCCCCUUCUUAAUUGAACAAAAUAAAUUGCCAGCUUCAUAAAAAAAA